AUGUUUGUUCAAGGACCACAGGUCCAUGACAGAUCGGAUAAUUCCGAAGAUGUUAGUGAUGAGGAAUGUUCUGGUGAUAUUCUCCAGAAAAGACGAGAAGAAUGCGAGAGGAAAGCUCGAAGAGGGGAAAUGGACCCCCGUCUCGAAUUUGCAUUCCAGUUGUUAGUGGAUGCAACAGGACUUCCUCGUCAUGAAGUCAUGGAUCAUGUUUUUGAAGGAGAUAUGCUGGAUGAAAUUAAUCAAUUAUUUCUACCACAUAUGAAGGCAACCCUCAUGUGGUUUUAUCAGGAAGUCGAUGAACCGGAAGUUCCCCGAAUUACAGAAAUUGUGCCAGCCAAAGCGACUUCCUCCAGACCUCCAGGAAACACAGCAGCACCAAAAGUAAAAGAAAUUAAGGAGCCCAAAGACCCUCCAAAAAGAAAAUUAUUCCUAACUGAUGGGUGGCAAGUUCCCUGUACAGGAAUCUGCGUUUAUAUGUUUCGGAUUAAUGUGGCGAAACAACUACCUGAAGAAGGUUUCCAGAAAGAUUUAUAUACAGGUGUGAUAGAUACUAGAAAAGUGGGAGUGAUAGCAUCUAUUCAAAGAAUUGUUGAAUUUGUAUUUAUGGAUGCUCUUGCCCAUCCUGGGGGUGAGGAUGAAGAUAAUUGCCCCAUGAUUAAAAGUCUUUUGCUUCCUGGACUUCGAUCUUUUUGUAGUGCUCUCAAAGUUUGUGAGGAAGUAGCCCUGGAAGGUAGCAUCUUCGAUGAUGGAGAAUCGAUGAUGGAUGAAGUUCACAAUUUCGAGGAAGCAAAGACCUUCGUUGCAAAUACUCAAGCUGCAUCCCAGGUGGAAGAACGAGUAAGAACCUGGACCAAAAAACUGAAAGAUUUCAUGCUCGAGAGUAAACAGGUCAGAAGAGAAAACGACAGUUCAGGUCCUCAACAGGAACUGGAGUAUUGGAAGAAGAGAGGUGCCCAAUUUAGUCAACUUGUCGACAGAUUACAGGAACACGAAGUUAAAAUGUCCCUCUUGUGCCUCCAAGUGAUGAGGUCAAAGAUCAUAAAAGAUUGGGUCGACGCUGAAGACGAGGUCACUUAUUGUUUUAAUGAAGCCAAGGACAAUGCAAAAUUCAUCCAAGCUUUGGAAAAAUGCUGCCAUUGUUUGUAUCUCGAUGAUCCUGUGAAAAUGAGAGACUCUUUAGUAUCUCUUCUGCAAACUGUAAGGUUGAUUUACAGUGUCUCUAGAUAUUACAACACUUCAGAAAGAACGAGUUCUUUGAUGGUUAAAAUCACUAACCAAAUGAUUGCAGCUUGCAGGGAUUAUGUGACUGAAAGAGGACGAGAAAAUGUUUGGGGUCAGGAUCGCAAUGUUGCGAGACAAAGAUUGAAACAUUGCUUAAGAUUAAAUAAAGCUUACAGGGAAACGUAUAGAUUAGUGCGUUGUUCUCCAGCAAUUACAGAACAAGAAUUUGCCUUUUCUGAAACCCAAGUUUUUGGAAGAUUCGAUUCAUUCUGUGCCAGGGUCAGAAAGAUCCUGACCAUGUUUGACCUCAUCGAAGAUUACCAGGGAUUGUUUAAAAGAAGAAUGGAGGGAUUGCUACUAGGAGAAGCCUUGGAUGAAGCAAUGAAGACAUUUGAAGAAACGAAGAAAGUUGCUACUAGCAAAUCCUAUGACUACUUAGAUCCCAGGAAUCUUGAAUUCGACAAAGACUAUGAUGUAUUCAUGACCGAAACUGAUGCUCUAAAGAAAGAUAUUGGAGAAAUUAUUGAAAAAAACUAUGCUGAUGUUUGGGAAACACCACAAGGAAUUCGUUUCUUGACACGUUUUGAAAACGUUAGUGAGAAAAUCCCAUUAACAAAGCUUGAUGAGAAGUAUACUUUAGUGGUUCGUUAUUGCGAAAAAGAAGUUGAAAGGAUAUUAAGAUUGUUCAAGAGACAAAGAGAUGAUCCUCCUUUGCCAAGACACUUACCACCUAUUGCCGGAAGACUAACCUGGGCUAAUUCUCUCAAAGUUCAUAUGGAUGAUCUAGCCAACUCUGUAUCAAACCAUCCAGUCUUAAAAACUUUACCAAUAACCGCAGACCUAAUUCGAAGAUACAAUCAUAUUACAUCUAUUUUAUCACAGUACCAAGCUGACAUUGCUGAAGUUUGGACUCAUCAGAAUUCAUGGGUUAUUGAAGAAUGUUUAAAAAUACCGCUGUUAGCAAUUGACAAAGACUCUGGUAAAGUCAAGGUCAACUUAGAAGGUCGUAUCCUCCUCCUUCUCAGAGAAUCUGAUUGUCUAGCAAAGCUGAAAUUUGCACUACCAAUUGUAGCUUUAACAAUCUUAGCAAAAAGGGAUCACUUCACGUUAAUCAAUGAUUCUCUUCAAUUGCUGAUAGAAGAAUUUGUAGCAACUUCAAAAAGAGUCAAGCUGGAAGUAAGGCCCCUCUUGCUACCACAUCUUGUCCGUAUCGCUUCUUUACUAGGUCCUGGAAUGGUCUCUCUAACAUGGACAAAUACCGAGUGGAAGACAUUUUGUGAAAAUACUAGAGAGCAAAUUAAGACUUUUGAUGUUCUCAUCACUCGGGUCCAUGAUGUCUAUACAAACAGAAUUCUGCAAGUUCUAACAAGCAUGCAAAAAAUCACUCUGCAUGCUUUACCUGAGGAUCAACCAUGGAGUGUAGAAUAUUUUAUAGAAAAAAUAGAUGAAACUUGCAGAGCAGCUGCUGAAGAUUUGAACCGAAAGAGCAUGAUGGUGGAAGAAGCUGUUGAGGAAGUAUUGGAGCUGGUUAAGAAUGCAGCUACUGCUUUCAAGGCCACCCUUGACUCGGGUCAGUUUGACUUUCUAACUCAAGAAGGCAGCAGUGAAACGUCACAGCAACAGCAAGAUUGGUCAAUUGUUUGGGCCUGCUUUGAUAAUCCACAUCAAUUAUUAUCAACUCCUGGAGGUGGGUUAUCCAAGGGGUUGCAAGAAAUGGUAAGAAAUGCAGUUACUGAAAUGAGGAGAUACUAUUCAAGAAAAAUCGCUGACGUUUUAAUCAGAGUGACAAGAACCUCUCUCGAUAGUAUUAGAAAGCGAUUCGUUAUUGAAAUAGGCUCAGAAAAACCACUUCGUCCAGUGUUUUUACUUCAUGCAACUCUAAUGAUACCAACAGUGAUUGUAAGACCAAGUUUAGAUGAGGUUCAAGAAGCCCUGACAUCAAUAGGAAAAACUAUAGCUGGAGUAGCUAAAGGAGUAUCACAGUGGAAUACAGGCACAACUAGAAAUGGUGAAAAGCACUACUGGCGUAGUCUGCCUUGGGCGCCCAAAAAGAACUUAGUUGACAUAGUCACAAAAGCCCAAGUGGAUGCAGAAAAGCGGAUUCAAGAGAAUCCUGAAGACCCAAAAGCCAGGAGAAAAAGACUCUACAAAAUAUCCUCUGAGGAAAAACCAGCAUUUCCAGUUCAACAAAUAAAUUUUCAUGGUCUGGUUAUGGAGAACAAGGAAAUUGUGAAAAUGCUAGGACUCCUAAGCUCUUGUACCCUAGAAUUACGUCAAGACCUUGCUGAUUUUAUGGAGCGAUGGAAACCCUAUAAGUUCCUAUGGAAAAAUGAAAAAAGUAUCCGAGAAUUGUUGCAGACUUCCUUGACUGAUUUUGAAACGAUGUUAAGGAAACAUGGAGAACUAGAGGAUAAAUUGGCUACUGAACCGGACCUGGUGAUUUUAGGAUCUUCUAUAGCAAUAUCGACAGAGAAAUUAAAGUAUGGUUUAUACACAGAGAUCAAAGGAUCAACCCAUAAGAUCGGCCAGGCAAUAAAGAAGAAAUACCGAAGGGAAAUGGAGUACGUCUAUGCAGUAAUUAAUGAAAUGGAAAGGAAAUUAGAUCGACAAAUCCGAGAUCUUGAUGAUGUGCGAUUGAUAAUGGACACCUUGAAGAAAAUCCGAGAACAGGAAGUGGACAUGGAACUAAAGAUUGAACCUAUCGAAGAGGCUUUCAAUAUAGUAACGAGAUACGAUGUACCAGUUGAUCGAGAAUGUCUCGAACAGGUUGAUAAUCUCAGAUACACCUGGCAACAACUCCAGGCACGUUCUCUAGAUAGUCACGUCCUCUUGUUGACUCUACAGCCUCAAUUCGAAGAAGAACUCAGAAACAAUUUAGAAAAGUUCAGAAUUGAUAAUGAGGCUUAUUGUGAAGAGUACAGAUACUCAGGUCCGAUGCAAGCUGGUCUAACUCCUAGAGAAGCAUCAGACAGGCAAAUUCUCUUCCAAAAUAGGUUUGAUGGAAUGUGGAGGAAGUUGCAGACAUACCAAAGUGGAGAAGAACUUUUUGGAUUGCCAACAACAGAUUAUCCUGAGUUAUCUCAAAUUAGGAAGGAGCUUAAUCUUUUGCAAAAGUUGUACAAGUUGUAUAAUGAUGUUAUUGAUAGAGUUAGUAGUUACUAUGAUAUUCCAUGGGGCGAGGUUAACAUCGAAGAAAUAAACAACGAAUUGAUGGAGUUUCAAAAUCGAUGUCGAAAACUUCCAAAGGGUUUAAAAGAAUGGCCAGCAUUUUUUGCCUUGAAAAAGACCAUUGACGACUUUAAUGACAUGUGUCCUUUGCUUGAAUUGAUGGCAAAUAAGGCUAUGAAACCUCGUCACUGGCAGAGAAUAGUUGAAGUCACUGGUCACACUUUUGACCUAGAGAGUGAGGGAUUUUGUCUCAAAAACAUCUUAGAAGCUCCGUUGCUAAAGUACAAGGAAGACAUAGAAGAUAUUUGUAUAUCGGCCAUGAAAGAAAAGGACAUCGAAGCAAAAUUGAGACAAGUGGUUAACGAGUGGUCUUCUCAUGAGUUGACAUUUAUGACCUUUAACAAUAGAGGAGAACUGUUACUCAGAGGAGACACGACAGCUGAGACUAUAGGUCAAUUGGAGGAUAGUUUGAUGAUUUUAGGCUCACUCAUGUCUAAUCGUUAUAAUGCACCAUUCAGGAAACAGAUUCAACACUGGCUUGGAGAUUUGUCGAACACAAAUGAAAUUUUGGAAAGGUGGCUUCUAGUUCAGAACAUGUGGGUUUAUCUAGAAGCUGUCUUUGUCGGAGGUGAUAUCGCCAAGCAGUUACCUAAGGAGGCCAAAAGAUUCAGCAAAAUUGAUAAAAGUUGGCAGAAAAUUAUGCAGAGGGCACAUGAGACACCAGGUGUUGUCCCUUGUUGUGUUGGAGAUGACUUGUUGAAACAGCUUCUUCCCCAUUUGCAAGAACAAUUAGAACUUUGUCAAAAAUCUCUUAGUGGAUAUCUCGAAAAGAAGCGAAUGAUGUUUCCAAGAUUCUUCUUUGUCAGUGAUCCAGCCUUACUUGAAAUUCUAGGCCAAGCUUCGGACUCCCACACGAUUCAGAACCACCUGCUCUCAAUUUUUGAUAAUACUCGGUUUGUCAAGUUUCAUGAUAUCGAGUACAACAAGAUGAUGGCUAUCAUUUCUUCCGAAGGAGAAACCAUAGUUCUUGAAAGAGCUGUCAGAGCUGAAGGAUCAGUCGAAACUUGGUUGAUGCAACUCUUACAGACUUCUCAGCAAUCGCUACACUCGAUUAUUCGCCAAGCCAAUACUAUGAUAAAUGAUCAGAAUUUUAAUCUUCUUGUAUUUCUGGAUAAGAUGCCUGCUCAAGUAGGCAUUUUAGGGAUACAAAUGAUAUGGACCAGAGAUUCAGAGUUGGCCUUAAUGCAAGCAAGAGCAGAUAAAAAGAUAAUGGGAGAAACGAAUAACAGAUUUUUAGAACUGCUGAAUACUCUGAUUGACCAGACCACUAGAGAUCUGACCAAAAUUGAUAGGAUCAAGUUCGAAACUCUGAUUACGAUUCAUGUUCAUCAGCGUGACAUUUUUGAUAUACUGUGUCGAAUAAAUGUCCGUUCAGUUAAUGACUUCGAGUGGUUGAAGCAGUGUAGAUUCUAUUUUAAAGAGGACCUUGACAAGACUGCUAUAUUUAUCACUGAUGUUCAAUUCAUCUAUCAAAAUGAGUACCUUGGAUGUACUGAACGACUUGUUAUCACACCACUAACAGACAGAUGUUAUAUAACUCUGGCACAAGCUUUGUCGAUGUCGAUGGGAGGCUCUCCUUGUGGACCAGCAGGAACAGGAAAAACAGAAACAGUUAAAGACAUGGGAAAGACCUUAGCUAAGUAUGUUGUGGUCUUCAAUUGCUCUGACCAGAUGGAUUACAGAGGACUUGGGCGUAUUUAUAAAGGACUAGCCCAAAGUGGAUCUUGGGGUUGCUUUGACGAAUUUAACAGAAUAGAGCUACCAGUUCUUUCGGUGGCCGCUCAACAAGUAGCUGUUGUUCUCGCCGCAAAGAAAGAGAAGAAGAAACAGUUUUGGUUUACUGAUGGCGAUCUAAUUGACAUGUGUCCUGAAUUGGGUAUAUUUAUCACUAUGAACCCAGGAUAUGCUGGAAGAAAAGAGUUACCAGAAAAUUUGAAGAUACAGUUCCGAACAGUGGCUAUGAUGGUACCUGAUAGGCAAAUCAUCAUCAGAGUGAAGCUUGCUAGUUGUGGUUUUUUGGAAAACAUCACCCUUGCUCGAAAAUUCUACACACUUUAUAAGUUAUGUGAAGAGCAAUUAACAAAACAGGUCCAUUAUGAUUUUGGAUUGAGGAACAUACUUUCAGUUCUCAGGACUCUAGGGGCUUCAAAAAGAAUUAACUCGAAAGAUUCUGAGAGUACAAUAGUGAUGCGUGUCCUGAGGGAUAUGAAUCUUUCCAAACUUAUUGAUGAAGACGAGCCACUCUUUAUAUCAUUGGUAGCUGAUCUUUUCCCUAACCAGGCGCUUGAAAAGACAGCCUAUCCCGAAUUGGAAACAGCGAUUGAUCAUCAAGUUCAAGAAGCUGGUCUUAUUUACCACCCACCUUGGGUUCUGAAAUUAAUUCAAUUGUACGAGACACAGAGGGUCAGACAUGGAAUUAUGACUUUGGGACCAACUGGAGCUGGAAAAACAACUUGCAUUCACAUACUUAUGAAGGCGUUGACAGAAUGUGGGGAUGCUCAUAGAGAAAUGAGAAUGAAUCCAAAAAGUAUAACAGCCUCUCAAAUGUUUGGAAGACUCGAUGUGGCAACCAAUGACUGGACGGAUGGAAUAUUUUCAGCCUUGUGGAGGAAAACUUUAAAACUGAAACCUGGAGAACAUGUUUGGUUGGUAUUGGAUGGACCAGUUGAUAGUAUCUGGAUCGAGAACUUGAAUUCCGUUUUGGAUGAUAACAAGACCUUAACUUUGGCUAAUGGAGAUAGAUUAUCAAUGGCUGCAACCUGUAAAAUUAUAUUUGAGCCUCAUAAUAUUGACAAUGCUAGUCCUGCAACUGUAUCUCGAAAUGGAAUGGUAUACAUGAGUUCUUCAGGUUUAGACUGGAGUCCAGUUGUUACAGCUUGGCUCAAAAGACGAACACCUAUGGAACAAGAAGUCUUUGAAAAGUCUUUUGAGGAAUCUUUUAUUCAGGUAUACACUUGGAUAACUCAAAACUCGGUCCUGGCAGUCCAAGUCUUGAAAACCAACAUGGUAAGACAGAUGCUAUGUCUUUUAGAAGGGUUAGUACCACCUGAAGUUGAAAUGGAAGAAGAGGAAGAUGAGGAUGAAGUAGAAAAAUAUAAACCACAGCCAAUGACUCCAGAACACUUGGAACGUUUUUACGUUUUUGCAUUAGUUUGGGGUAUUGGAGCCCUUCUAGAGAACGCUGACAGGCUAAAGUUUGAUGAAUUCUUAAGAAGUAAUUUUGAAUCUUUAGACCUACCAAGAUCAGAGAGGUACCCUAAAGCUACAGUAUUUGACUUCUUAGUCAAUGAUAAGGGGACGUGGGAUACCUGGAACAGUUUGGUGACGAAUUAUGCUUAUCCAGAUUAUGCGACACCAGAUUACAGCAGCAUACUGGUUCCAAUACCGGAUAAUGUGAGAAUUCAAUAUUUGAUUGACCUAAUUGGUCGUCAGGAUAGAGCAGUUUUGCUAACUGGUGAACAGGGUUCAGCUAAGACAGUAAUGUUGAAGGCCUACAUGAAAAAAUCGAACCCAGAAACUACAUUAGGUCGGUCUUUUAAUUUCAGCUCUGCUACAACACCUCAUCAAUUCCAGAAGACUAUUGAAAGCUAUGUUGAGAAACGAAUGGGUAACACAUUCGGUCCUCCUGGUGGUAAGAAGAUGUUGGUUUUUAUCGAUGACAUAAACUUACCACAGAUAAAUGAAUGGGGGGAUCAAGUUACGAAUGAAAUUGUUAGGCAAACUAUGGACAUGAAGGGUUUCUAUUCUUUAGAGAAACCAGGUGAUUUUAUAAGCAUAGUUGACGUAACAUUUUUGGGGGCAAUGGGUCAACCAGGUGGUGGCAGGAAUGAUAUACCAUCAAGGUUAAAAAGGCAGUUUUGCAUCUUCAAUUGUACUUUGCCCAAUGAUACCUCGAUAGAUAGAAUUUUCAGUGUCCUGGGUGAAGGUCAUUAUAAUUCUAAAAGAGGAUUUUCCUCAGAAGUGAGAAGUUUGGUCAAGAAGUUGAUACCACUGACGAGAGUUUUAUGGCAAAGAACUAGGGCGACAUUGCUGCCAACUCCUGCAAAGUUUCAUUACGUUUUCAGCUUGAGAGAUUUGUCAAGAAUCUGGCAAGGAAUGGUUGGGACAUUAUCGACUGUUAUUGAAAAAGAGAGCAUCUUGAUGUUGCUUUGGAAACACGAGUGCACAAGAGUUUUCAGUGAUAGGUUCACUUUACUAUCAGAUAAGAAUUGGUUUGAUAAAGAAUUAGCUCAAGUUGUUAAUGACAAUUUAGGAGAAUCGUAUAUUGGUAUGAUUGGUUCGAAUCCUGCUUUUGUAGACUUUAUGAGAGAUGCUCCAGAACCAACAGGAGAGGAGGGAGAAGAUGCAGACAUGGAACUCCCGAAAGUCUAUGAACCAGUUUAUGAUCACCAGGUGCUAAGAGACCGACUAGAUAUGUUUCUUUCCCAAUUCAAUGAAAUGCAAAGAGGAUCAGGCAUGGAUCUCGUAUUCUUCCCAGACGCUAUGCUCCAUCUAGUAAAAAUUUCAAGAGUAAUUCGACAUCCAAGAGGAAAUGUGAUGUUAGUAGGUGUUGGAGGAUCUGGAAAACAGAGCUUAACGAAGCUUUCUUCAUUUAUUGCUGGUUACAAGACAUUCCAAAUUACCCUAACGAGGUCAUACAACGUCGCCAAUUUUCUGGAAGAUCUGAAGUUCCUUUACAGAACUUGCGGAGGACAAGGCAAGGGAACAACUUUUAUCUUUACAGAUUUGGACAUCAAAGAGGAAGGGUUCUUGGAAUACUUAAACAAUAUCUUGAGUUCUGGUGUUAUUAGCAACCUCUUCACUAGAGACGAACAAGCUGAGAUUAUUUCUGAACUCACACCAUCGUUGAAGCGCGAAAAUCCCAAAAGGACUCUAAAUAACGAAAUCGUGAUGGAGCACUUCUUGCAGAGAACUUGCCAGAAUCUCCACGUUGUAUUUUGUUUUUCCCCAGUGGGAGAGAAAUUUAGAAACAGGGCUCAAAGAUUCCCAGCGCUUAUUUCCGGUUGCACUAUAGACUGGUUUCAACCAUGGCCUCGUGAUGCUCUAAUUUUGGUGGCACAACAUUUCCUUCAUGAUUUUGAAAUAGCCUGUACGACUGAUGUCAAAGCACAACUGGUUAAUGCGCUUGGGUCAAUACAAGAUGUUGUUGCUAAAACUUCAGCUGACUAUUUCCAAAGAUUUCGAAGAGCUACACAUGUAACUCCUAAGUCCUACUUGAAUUUUAUUGGAGGAUACAAAAACAUCUAUCAUAUGAAGCAGCACGAGUUAGGAGAAGGAGCCAAAAGAAUGGACAUUGGAUUAGCAAAGCUGGAAGAAGCUUCCAUAUCGGUUGAAUUAUUAAAAAGAGAUUUGGCUGUCAUGGAACAGGAACUUGUACAAGCCUCGGAAAAAGCAGAGUCUGUUUUGUUGGAAGUCACUGAAAGAGCAACGCACGCUGAAAUUUUCAAGAACCAAGUACAGAAGGUGAAGGAAAAGGCUGAGCAGCUUGUGGCUUGUAUAGCAGAUGAGAAAGCCAUAGCUGAACAGAAAUUAGAAGCUGCUAAACCAGCCUUGGAGGAAGCUGAAGCUGCUCUGAACACUAUUAAGCCAGCUCACAUAGCAACAGUUCGAAAACUAGGUAGACCUCCUCAUCUCAUUAUGCGAAUCAUGGAUUGCGUCCUAAUCCUAUUCCAAAGGAAAAUUGGAUCAGUUGUGCCCGAUCCCACAGCAUUUUGUCCAAAGCCAUCUUGGGCGGAAUCCUUAAAAAUGAUGGCCAGUGCAACUUUUCUGCUCCAACUACAAAACUAUCCAAAAGAUAUAAUUAAUAACGAAAUGGUUGAGCUUCUUCAGCCUUAUUUCAAAAUGGAAGAUUAUAACAUGGAAAUGGCAAGGCGCGUUUGUGGUGACGUGGCCGGUUUGCUUUCGUGGACAAAAGCCAUGGCAUUUUUCCAUUCAGUGAACAAGGAAGUUCUUCCUUUAAAAGCAAACCUAACACUUCAAGAAGCUAGAUUGACGAUUGCUAUGGAUGAUUUAGCAGGUGCCGAAAGAGAGUUGUCGGAAAGAGAAAUGGCUUUACAGGCUGUUAAGCAACAGUAUGAUUCAGCAGUGUCGGAAAAACAAAGGUUAACAGAAGCAGCAAACGUUUGUCUUCGAAAAAUGACGGCAGCAACUGCCUUGAUAAACGGAUUGGGUGGUGAGAAAAGAAGAUGGACUGAACAGAGCAAGGAAUUUAAGGUUCAGUUAGGCCGACUAGUGGGAGAUGUUCUUUUAGCAACUGGUUUUCUAUCAUACUGCGGGCCUUAUAAUCAACAGUACAGAGCUGGAUUAGUAACAUCAUGGAUGGAAAUACUGACCACAAGGACGAUCCCCUUCACUUUGGACUUGAACAUAACAAACAUGCUGGUAGACUCAGCCACUGUUUCCGAGUGGACCCUCCAAGGUUUACCAAAUGAUGAGUUAUCGGUUCAAAAUGCUCUCAUAGUAACCAAAUCAUCAUCUUAUCCCUUGCUGGUUGAUCCUCAAAAUCAAGGCAAGAUGUGGGUAAAGAAUAAAGAGGCUGCUAACGAACUGCAAAUCACUUCACUUAAUCACAAAUACUUCCGAACUCACUUGGAAGAUAGCUUGUCUUUAGGAAGACCUCUUCUAAUAGAAGAUGUUGCCGAAGAACUAGAUCCUGUAAUUGACAACGUUCUUGAAAAGAACUUUAUCAAAUCUGGAUCCAUCGAAAAGGUCAUAGUUGGCGAUAAGGAAUGCGAUGUUAUGCCUGGAUUUAUGCUCUACAUCACUACGAAGCUUCCAAAUCCAGCUUAUAGUCCAGAAAUAUCUGCUAAGACUUCCAUAAUUGAUUUCACUGUAACCAUGCAAGGACUAGAGGAUCAGCUGCUAGGACGGGUGAUACUGAUGGAAAAGUCUGAUUUAGAAGCAGAAAGAGUUGCUCUUUUCGAAUCAGUGAUGACUAAUCAAAGAUCCAUGAAGGAACUCGAAAGUACUUUGCUCCACAGGCUGACUUCAUCGGAGGGCUCUCUAGUUGAUGACGAAGCAUUGAUAAAUGUUUUACAAGAAACUAAAACCACAGCUGAAUCUGUUAACGAAAAGCUACAAGUUUCUGCUUUGACUGAGAAGAAAAUCACAGUCGCCAGAGAAGAGUUCAGAGCAGUCGCUGCUCGAGGAUCGAUUCUCUAUUUUCUGAUUGUGGAGAUGAGCAAUGUUAAUGCCAUGUAUCAGAACUCCUUGAAGCAGUUCCUCACCAUUUUUGACAAUUCGAUAACAAAGUCCACAAAAAGUUCAAUAACUAGUGAACGAAUAGAUAUCAUACUCCGUCAUCUAACCUAUGAAGUUUGGGCUUUCACCUUAAGGAGUCUUUACGAAAGACACAAGUCCCUCUUUACUCUCAUGCUUGCGAUGAAAAUAGACUGUCAUCGUGAUAUCAUAUCUCAUUCAGAAUUCAUGGCCUUCAUCAAAGGUGGGGCUUCUCUGGACCUGAAUGCAGUAACACCAAAACCCUUUAGGUGGAUCCUGGAUAUCACAUGGUUGAAUCUGGUAGAAAUAAGCAAACUAGAAGUAUUUUCUGAAGUUCUUACCAAGAUUGAGUUCAACGAAAAGGAGUGGCGAAACUGGUACGAGAAGGAAAGACCAGAAGAGGAGGAUCUUCCUUGUGGAUAUCAGAAAAGCUUAGAUGUAUUCCGAAAACUUUUAUUGAUCAGAUCAUGGAGUCCGGAUAGAACUCUUUCUCAGGCUAAGAAAUAUGUUAUAGAAUCUUUAGGCAAGGAAUAUGGUGAGGCGAAAAUUCUGGACUUGGAGGCCACAUGGCUUGAAUCUGAACCACGAACUCCUCUUAUAUGCAUCUUAUCAAUCGGGUCGGAUCCAAGUCCUCAGAUCACUGUUUUGGCGAAGCAGAGGGCAGUCCUUUUGAGGUCGGUGUCAAUGGGCCAGGGACAAGAAUACCACGCGAGAAGGAUGAUCAACGAUGCGAUGAACGAAGGUGGUUGGGUCCUCUUGCAAAAUAUCCAUUUAUCUCUUCCCUUCUGUACUGAAGCGAUGGAUGCUCUCGUUGAAACUGACACUAUUCACGAAUCCUUUAGGCUCUGGAUGACUACUGAAGUUCAUCCUCAAUUUCCAAUUGGAUUAUUACAGAUGGCUAUAAAAUUUACCAACGAGCCACCGCAGGGUAUCAGGGCCAGUUUAAAGAGAACUUAUCAAGGUGUUACUCAGGAUACACUGGACUAUAGUACCCAACCUCAGUGGCCUCCUCUUCUUUAUGCAGUUGCAUUUUUGCAUACAGUUGUGCAAGAGAGAAGAAAGUUUGGCCCACUUGGCUGGAACGUACCUUACGAAUUUAAUCAAGCAGAUUUUGCUGCUUCUGUCCAGUUUAUCCAGAAUCAUUUGGAUGACAUGGAUCCUAAGAAGGGCGUUUCUUGGCCUACUGUGUGCUAUAUGCUGGGAGAAGUACAAUACGGAGGAAGAGUCACAGACGACUUUGAUAAACGUCUCCUAACAACCUUCACCCACGUCUGGUUUUGCGAUGUACUCCUUCGUCCAGGUUUUGAGUUCUACAGAGGCUACAAAGUCCCCCAAACUCGAAAUCUCCAGGGCUACGUGGAUUACAUAAAUAAUCUCGCAGGCAAUGAUACGCCAGAGGUUUUUGGAUUGCACCCAAAUGCUGAUAUAACUUACCAGAUAAAUACAGCGAAGGGAAUCUUGGAUACAAUUCUGAGUGUCCAGCCCAAAGAAGGUGGAUCUCAAGGUGGCGAAACUAGAGAAAGUAUUGUUUACAGAUUAGCUGAUGAUAUGUUGGCUAAAUUGCCCAAACAAUACAACUCCUUUGAAGUCAAAGAGGCUCUUCAAAGGAUGGGACCUUUGCUGCCCAUGAAUAUCUUCCUACGCCAGGAAAUAGACAGAGUGAUGAAAGUGAUCAAAGAGGUUCAAACGACCUUGACAAAUCUGAGAUUAGCGAUUGAUGGUACAAUAGUGAUGAGUCAGAAUUUACGAACGUCUUUAGAUGCGAUGUACGAUGCCAGAAUUCCUGACAAGUGGUCGAAAAUUUCUUGGGAAUCAGCAACCUUAGGUUUUUGGUACACGGAGUUGUUGGAAAGGGAUUGGCAAUUUAGACAAUGGUGUAAUAAUGGAAGACCAACUGCUUUUUGGAUGACAGGAUUUUUCAAUCCUCAAGGAUUUUUAACAGCGAUGCGUCAGGAAGUAACGAGAGCACACAAAGGCUGGGCAUUGGAUUCCGUAGUCCUUCAAAAUCUGAUAACACGAUAUAACAAAGAAGAAAUAAAAGAACAUCCACAGGAAGGCGUUUACGUUCACGGAUUAUUUCUCGAGGGCGCUUCUUUGGACCGAAAAGGUGGAAAACUGGUCGAAAGUAAACCGAAAGUACUUUACGAGCAGAUGCCCGUAAUUUACAUUUAUGCGAUUAACACCACCGCUGGCAAAGAUCCGAAAUUAUACGAAUGUCCAAUUUAUAGAAAACCACAAAGGACAGACCAAAAAUACGUGGGAUCGAUUGAUUUCGAAACGGAUCAUAAUCCGAGACAUUGGACGCUCAGAGGCGUUGCUUUGCUAUGUGAUAUAAAAUAAAGUCUUUGAGUAGAUAAAAUAACAGUCUUUACAAAUGACUCUUUUAUUUUGAUAUUUGAAAAUUAUAUCAAUAAGGAACAGUACGUUCAAGGCCUCGUGUUACCCAGGCUUCUCACAUUUACAUCAAUUUUUCGGCUCUUAAAUUUUUAUCAGUAUAACUGGGGAAGAUU